AUGGACAAUACUCGGCAAACCCUAACCACCGCCGCCGCCGCUCGCAGCUUACACGAGGAUACGGACGGCGAUGAAGAAGCAGACGGCGAGGAGCCACGUGACUUGGAAGCAUGGGAAACCCUACGCAAUAGCUUCAGGGAGGUCCAAUCGGUGCUCGAUCGCAACCGCCGCCUGAUCCAACUGGCGAACGACAAUCACAUGUCCAAAAUCCCCAACAAUCUGGCCAAGAAUGUCGAUUUGAUUCGUGAGAUCAGUGCCAAUAUAUCCAGAGUCGUCCGCCUUUACUCCGAUCUCUCUGAGAAAUUCUCCGGCAUUGUUCACGAACAGCUGCUGAGCUGUAACCAGAGUACAACGGAAGCCGGUGGGCCGUGAUUGAUGAGCUUCCUUCUCUCAGAGCUGGUUAAAGUUCAACUCUCAUUCAUAGAUACUGAUAAAUAAAUUUGCAGUUCAUACUUUAUAUCUCAAGAGCAUAAAUCUCUUGUUAAAGGCAGAGAAAAAGAUGAAGUUUGAUAUGUUGAUUUUUUCAUUACUCACUGAGGCGAUCGUAAUUCCUAUGUAUAUGAAUUACAACUUUGACAAGGCGCCGUCUUUAUUUCACCGAGAAGAUUUGAAUGUCAGAGGCAGAGCUAUUGAUUGUUCUUUAAGUACUUCACUAUUUGUGUCCAUUCAAGUUUAGAAUGUUGCAGUUGGCUAUUUUUAGCUGUUGAUCUGCUUAAUAAGGGUUGAAACUCCCAGGUAGACUGAGCUAUUGAUAGUUUUAAGUAGGACUUGAGCUUGAGCUUAGCUUAUUAGAUAUCGGUUUUGUUAUGAAGCCAACAGUUGGCUCCAUAGUGGAGCCAACCUUCUAUAUACAACAAAUAAACCUAUCAUAUUCUCUGAUUACUUAAAUAACAUUAAUAUAAUUUUAUUAAUAUGGUAAGUUUAUUUGUUAUAUAUAGA